GUGGUGCUCGGGCCAGGGGGCGGGGAGAGAGCCUUCACUCACCAUGGCAACGAUUGGCUUCCAGGCCGCAACCCUUUCCUGAUAAUAUUAUCUCUCUCGCUCUCUCGCCAUAUUAAAAUCGACCCUCCGGUGGCGGGCGGUUGGUGGGUGGGGGGAGGAGGGUCCUGAGGAUAUCAAUGAGCGAUGAGAGGCGAGUAAAAGGAUGAUAGCGAGCAGCUCUGGCCUCUUGACCCUGGCUUCGUGCCUGUUGCUCUGUCGCUGCUCGGCCGCCCGGAAGACGAUGGUGGUGCUGCACCAUAACGACUCAAGCGAGUUGCCGCAGCCGCAGCCGAAUCCGCACCCGCACCCGCAGCAGGAGCCGCAGCCGCAGCCGCAGAGGCAGCUGCCCCAGCCGGAGCUAUCCGAGUCACCUCAGGCCGUGUGCCCGGAGCUGUGCCGCUGCUACAUCAACAUCCUGUCGUGCCACCCAGCCAAGCCGGUGGGCUCGCACAGCCACGAUGCGGCCGUCGACCUCGGGGAGGCGGCCCCCACCGAAUCCAGCGGCAAUGGCAGCAAAUCUCCGCACUCCAAGCACAACAGCAACACCACGGAGGAGGAUGAGAACAGCAUGAAGAUUCUCACUGAAAUACCCUCUGGGAUUCGAGGCACCAUGUCUGGCAACGUCCUGACACCAUUCACCGUACUGGAUUUUCGAGAUAACAACGUUUCAUUCAUAUGGAAAGACAACUGGUUAUUUUAUCCAGGUGCAGAAUAUCUAAAUUUAAAGGGAAAUCGUAUAACGGAUUUGAUUCCAGAAACUUUUGAAGGUCUCUCACAUUUGAAAUACUUGUUUUUAUCUUAUAAUCAGAUUAGGUUUAUUGCAGAUUAUAUGUUCCAGCCUACUCCAGAAAUUGAACUUAUUGAUAUCAGCAACAAUCAUUUGUAUGCAGUACAAAGGGAUCUUUUUAGGACAAAGCAUGGAUUGCCUUCCCUGAAAGUCUUGGAUCUGAGCAAUAAUAAUAUAUUAGUUUUGGGUCCUGGCGCCUUUUCACAACUAUCAAGUUUACACUUCUUGAACAUAAGUGAUAAUUAUUUAAGCUUAAUAGGAAAUGGUGCUUUUGAUCGUCUAUCUUCAAUAAUCUAUUUAGAUCUUCGUGCAACCUCCAUUUCUCUUGAUGUUCUCAAAGGUAUCUUAGAGAGUACAGUAAAUAUUGUCAACCUGUACAUAUCUCAUACUUUAAAAUGUUGCUUAUGCAAGUAUCCACAUCUGGACAAGCUUAUUCUGACAAGAAAUGUGGAGAUUAACUGCAAAAAUAUCUUUUGCACCAUAUCACUGAUGCAGUGUUAUACAAAGGAAGUCAAGAAACAGAAUAUAUUAAAAGAUAAAGAAAGAAUUAUUGAAGAAAUGGAGGCAGUCAAAGCUAGUGCUAUUACAAGACUUUCAGGAGAGAAACACAGUGAUGGCACUGAAAGAAAGCCAAUUAAGUUGGAACGUUCUCGACAUCCUGAACCAAGUAUUUUGUCAGUUGCUCGAGUACAACCAGAAUUAGGUCUCGAAAUUCUGAAUAAGGAUUUACAAUUAGGUGACAAACAGGCAGAAAUAAAAGAAGAGAUAUUGAACAAAAACUUGGAAAUAAAAAACAAAAUAAAGAAUGAGGAAUUAGCCAGAAAUAAAGAAAGAGAGAAACUGAAGCAAUAUAACAUAGCUAAGUUAUCUUCAAGUUCACAACGACCAGAGCUGCCUGCUUCAGGAAAUGAAGAAAAUACUUUGGGCAGACUGCAUAAAUUGAAGGAAGCUUUAAAAUCACUUUAUCACUACGCCUCUCAUCGAAUUGCUAGCAGAGAUGCUGAUCAAUUUGCAGUUAAACUUGACUCCUGAAACAAUGGAGCAUUACUUUGAACAGGACAGAACAGAAACAUCAAAUUUUAAAUUUUGAUGUAGAAAUUAUCACAAUGCCAAAUGAUUCAUUUUUUUGUGAUUAAGAAAUAAUCCAAAAAUAAAUUGGGGUCAACGUUUAAGGUAAAUUGAUUUUCUGAUGCUUUAUGGUUGUCAGCCUGUACAUAAUACAUUUAUCCACGCUACAACACCAUUGGAACAUUUUCUCUAUGACAAUAAUAUUGCUGUUUUAUAUAUAAAAAUUAUUGAAGCAUUUUUCUUUUCCAAAUGUAUCAGAACAUUUACAGACUUGCCAACAGCUACUAGUUUCGGCAAUUAAUUAAUCAGAGCAAUAAAGAAAAAGCUUGAAAAUGUCUCAAGGUUGUCAUAGAAAAUUUAUCAGCAUGAUCCAAUUUCCAUCAAAGAAAUAAAGUUCAAAAUUGGCAAAACUGAAUGCAUGCUCAAAAAAAAACAUGGAGACAAGGUAGAAACACACAAAGAGGCCAACGCAUCUAAAAUGUGAGAGAUGGGAACUAUGAAAUCAAGGCAACAUGGAGGAAUGUAAGGUCAUAGAAAAAUGAAAGAAAUAAGUAAAACAAUACCUUCCAUUCUUUAUUACACAAAAGAGAUUUGUCCAUAGAGAUCAAAUGUGAAUAGAAGUACAUUUUGUGCAUACUAGAUUUAUGUAAUUUAAAGUAAAAAAAAAAUCUGAAAUAAUAAAAGGUGAAGAAUACAUUUCAAAUAGAUAGGACUCAAAUCCCAUAUA